AUGUAUUCACAUAUCGAAGAUCGCGGUAGCACGGUGACAGCAGCCCACUGCAAAGCCCAAGAAGACCUACCAAUUGAGAAAAAAAAAGUCGAUCGCCUCCUAGAGCCCCAAACGAUUGCCAACUUUCUCGGCUUCGCCCUCGGCAACCCUCUCCCAAACGGCACCCAACCAGACGCAUCCAUAAUCCGCUUAGAAACCUCUGAACUCCCCCAACUUCAGGCAAACUUCCCCCCGAACUCAACCGGCAAAUCAAUCCUAGACCGCGUGUCAACCCGCAUCGGCUCCGAAGAAGACAAUGCACGUCUCUGCCUCGUCGGGAAGAACAUCCAUGCCCUGAAAUCCCGAUUAUGGGAGGGAAUCCUCCCAAUAAGCGAUACACGCUGGAAAGAGAAGCAAUUAGAUGACCCAAAGAACUUCGAUUACGCAUGCCAACAUCUUACAUCAGUGGUCGCUGUAUUCGAGUACCUAAAUACACCAAUCGUCCGGGAAUAUCUCCGCGACACCUACAACCUUAUUCACGAUCACUGGGCCAGCGCAGAUACCCUACUCAACGCGGGUAGAGUCCAAAAUGGUCUGCCACGUGUAAGCAUCACAAAAUUAUGGACGUUGUACAUGUCGACUCAUUUCGAGGUUAUGACGCACCGAGCGCAUGCCUGGGUUACGAGACAUGUGGAUGCGCUUCGGGCUCAGCAGUUACAGGGCUUACGAGAUCAUCGUCUGCCGGCUGGAUUGACUGGUCCGGAUCGGUUGCAGUGGAGGUCUAUGGAUCACUUGCAUGUAUUGUUGGAGCUUGGAGUUAUGGCUGAUUACAUGAUUAUGAUUCCGAUGAAGGGGUACAAGGGGUAUGCGGAGCUUUAUCCGGAGCGAAUCGCUGCAGCUGCAGCUCUGGGUCAGUUGGGCGUUGGUGAUUAUCAGAGGCGGGGGAAAGCGUAUGCGGAGCGUUUGAAGGCGCGAAGUCAUCAGAUUAUGUUUAAUAAUGCGAUGCCGUGGAAUGAUGAUGGCACUGGGGAGUCGGGGAGGUCGUCUGGAGAGCACUAUCGGCGGUUGGCUAUGCAUCAGAUCCAGGCUCAAAAUGAGACUCGGGAGGUGAUGCGAGGGGUUCCUGGGCCUUUGCCAAAGGAGCCUUGGAUCAGUAAUUGUCUUUCAGCUAGGGAAAACUCCCCAGCAGGUGAGAAGGUUGAGUAUGGGCUGACGAUUUAUCGGUUGACGUAUGGGCAGUCGGAGGCUGAGUGGACCGGGUUUGUUGAGAAGCUUGAAGCGCAUAUUUCGAACUGGGGAGAUGGGCAGACGGGCUGUCAUCUUCUCAAACCACAUUUGAAACUUUGCUGGGUUGACGGGAAGGAAAUUGAUAUUGCGGAAGGCGAUAUUGAAGCAGCUAAACGACACUUCAACAAGGCAAAUGAAAGUAGGGAGGAAUCUGGUGAGAGUGGAAAUCUGCAGGUGCAAGAUAAUGUCUUCAUCGCCAUCGACCCAGUCUCAUUCGCUUCUUAUACCACGAACUCUUACCGAGCUGCAACAUCGCUAGUUCUGCCUGGUGAUUUCAGUGGCUUCGUUCUUGCAAUUGAUCCCGAAUUUGACCCCAAAGAGGGAAUUGAGCGACCGGACGAAUCUCCUGGCUACACUGGCCAGAUGCGCAUCCUUGGAAGUCUCAUCUGGGGCGACCUCUACGCUCUUUUUGCGUCCCAGUCAGUAUCACUAGACGACCUUUGGCCCUUGGCAAUGGACCAUCCAAACCAAGUAUACGUUGGCUCAAUGACCCCACUAGAGGGCUACUUAUGGAGGAAGCAGAAUGCGGCGCGUUGGAUUAUUCUGCGAGAAGUGGUGGAGUAUGCAAAGCGUAAGAUGGGGAUGACUACAUCAUCAACAUUUGAAUCUGCAACUGGGAAUGCUUCAUCUUCAACUGCCCCGACGGAAGCACCACAGCCAGCCUUGAGAUCACAAGCAGCGGAAAACUCCAUGCCUGCCCCAUCCUCGGAGUCAAAUCCGAUCAAUGCGGAACUUCGUCAAUUCAUGCUCCGGGACUUUCGGCGCUAUCUGCGCCAAAAUGGUGCAGAUCGGGAGGCAGUCAUAGUUGAUGAAAUGUUAGAUCUUCCGCCUGGUGGUACCGUCGAUAUUUCUCGACUGGGACAGCGAAUGAAUGCUGAUUUGGAGAGGCGACAGCGGCAACAACGAGAUGGGAUAGAUCCGGAUGAGAACGAGACAGAUGAAGGUCCACCGGACUGUCCCACACAGUAG